AGGGCUCGGUUACUAAUUGCAGAAGGAACUCCCCCAUUGCCUAUUGAGGGUUUUAUUUACUUCAACAUUUGAGAGAAAGCACCUACCUCUCUAUGUGGAUCACACUCUGCUGUUAUCAUUCCCUGCAAUUCCCUACUCGUAUUCGACUUUCUGAUUUUUGAAGCUGAAAUGAGAUGACGUCUUCACAAUCUUCACAAAAUGUGGAGUUCGAAGCGGCGAAGUUUCUUCACAAACUCAUUCAAGAUUCUAAAGAUGAGCCGGCAAAACUGGCUACAAAACUCUACGUGAUAUUGCAACACAUGAAAUCAAGCGGGAAGGAACAUUCAAUGCCGUAUCAAGUAAUAUCAAGGGCCAUGGAGACUGUCAUCAAUCAACAUGGUCUUGAUAUUGAAGCUUUGAGGUCAUCACGCCUUCCAUUGACCAGUGGAACUCAAAUGGGGGAUUCUUCGACUGCACAAUAUGGAGGAUCUUCACAGGCAGUUGGAGUUGGGAAAGACUCUAAAGCAGGAUCGGCUGAAAAUGAGAUAUCCAAAAUCGACACCUUUGCUUCCAGCAGGCCUCCUGUUGGCCCAGGCACUGCAGGCCAUGAUUACUACCAAGGAUCUGGAACUCAAAGGAGCAGUCAGUCAUUUGAUCAUGAAAGUCCUUCUAGUUUGGACACCAGGUCUGCCAAUUCACAAUCCCAAGAAAGAGGAGUGAAUCAAAAAGAUGGUAAAAAGGCUGCUGCUAAGAGGAAGAGGGUUGAUUCAUCUCUGCACUCAGAAAUGCAUGGCGACAACCCCCAGCAACUUAAUCCACGCAAUACCAUAGUCAAUCCAAGGAGGGGGAAAAUGAACAAGGUUGACUCUCCAGGGGGUUAUCCAGUUAGAGGUGGUGAAAAUACCAGCUUUAACAAGGUUCCCAAUAGUGGCCAGCUGGAAGUUUCGUCUUCUUUUGUGUCCGCAGGACAACAGCAAGGGGGCUCUCUUCCAUCUGCACAUGAAAGUCUCACUUCUAGGGGGAUGUGGAAUCAAAAUAAAGCUGGGUUACCCCUUGAAAGAUCCCAUAUUCCGAGGUUCUCUUCUAAUGCUGUUUCUGGCAAUACAACGGCAGAAAUUCAAUUGCAGCAGUCAGCAAUUUCAUCUCUUGGAUCAAGUGCUUUUAGCAAGGUUCAUGGAGGGAUGCCUGUCACUUCGAAUCCAACAGGGCCCAUGGGGGAGCUAGGAUUUGCAGGUCCAGUUCAAUACAGUAGUUCUGAACAUCAGAAACAUGGACUGACAAAGGGUGCUGUAGCUAGUUCUGCCGAGAAAACAUCAGAAGGCCACUUUUUUGCUGCUAACCGAGUGGAUGACUUUCCAACUUCACUUUCAACUGGAAAGAUUUUAGAAAAUGGAGGCAGUUCGAACAUGUUUGCAGAGGCAAGUAAAAUUGUCCAGGGUGGCAGGCAAACUAGUAAUUCAGAACUGACAAUGAUUAGAUCAACAUCCCCUAGAGAUGUGGGAAAAUCUCCUGUUUUCCAGGGUUCUGCCUUGUCUGGCAUGCCUUUCAAUGAACAGCAGCUGAGACAACUCAGAGCUCAGUGCCUUGUCUUUUUAGCAUUCAGAAAUGAUUUGAUGCCAAAGAAACUUCAUCUGGACAUAGCACUUGGAAAUGCCGUUUCUAAAGAUGGUGGCACUUUGGAUGGUCCUCGGAAAGAGCUGAUUGAUUAUAAAGGAAAGGCACAAUCUUCUAAUGAGUCGACCAGCAUUCCUGAGGUUUUAAUGUCAUGUGGAAGGCUGAAUAAUGCAAAGGAAUCUGAUAAAGUGCUUCCAGGUUCUGGGGCAAGAUUCGUGGAUGGAAACUAUGUCCCCAAAGAAGCUGAUACACUGAAAAUGGUGGAGGACCCGCCUUCUGUCCCCUUGAUUCUUGCAGAUGAAAGGAAAUAUCUACUCUCCACAAGAAAACCGGAUGCUGAAAUGCAAAGCCAAGAAGCAGUGGAAUCACAGGGAUUUUUCCCUUCUGCAAUGCAGCAGCCUGAUUCAGCAAGUGGUGGUUUACUCUUGAGUAACCCUGUGGACGGCAUGGACAACACCUGUCUGCAUGUUGGAAAAACUGACCAUGCUUCUUCAACAUCAUUUGUAAAUAAGCAGGCAAACCUUGAGGCAGUUAGCUGGACUGGCAUUGGCAAUCAAUCCCUUCCAUUUCGCUCUGUUCAGCUUGGGUUGGUUCCAGACAGAAAAGAUAAUGCUUCUAGUCAGUUUCACAGUCUUGGCAACAGUAUUGCUUCAGAUGAUUCAAGGUUAUCCGAAUUUCAAACAAGAUACGCUCCAGAUGGGUACAAGGUUGUUCCAGUUGAUGUUUCAUUAAGAAAUGGCAUCUCUUUUACAACAGAACAAGAUGAUGAAGAUAAGUCAGCUUCUACUGAUUCACAACCUUCUCCAAAGUACACCAUGUCAGAGAAAUGGAUUAUGGAUCAUCAGAGGAAGAAACUUUUAACUGAGCAAAAUUGGGUUCUAAAACAGCAGAGAACAAAACAAAGAAUCUCUACUUGUUUUUACAAGUUAAAGGAAACUGUUAGCUUUUCCAAAGACAUAUCUGCAAAAACGAAAAGUGUAAUAGAAUUGAAAAAGCUUCAGCUAUUGGAGCUUCAACGCCGUCUAAGAAGUGAUUUUCUCAAUGAUUUUUUUAAGCCUAUCACAAAUGACAUGGAUCGAUUGAAAUCAUGCAAGAAACAUAAGCACGGCAGGAGGAUCAGACAACUUGAAAAGUACGAGCAGAAAAUGAAGGAAGAACGACAAAAGAGGAUACGUGAAAGGCAGAAGGAGUUCUUUGAUGAGAUAGAAGUUCACAAGGAAAGACUGGAUGAUGUGUUUAAGAUUAAGAGAGAACGCUGGAAAGGUUUCAAUAAAUAUGUCAAAGAGUUCCAUAAAAGGAAGGAGCGUAUUCAUCGGGAGAAGAUUGACAGAAUCCAGCGUGAGAAGAUUAAUUUAUUGAAAAUCAAUGAUGUUGAGGGGUAUCUGCGAAUGGUGCAGGAUGCAAAAUCAGACCGUGUUAAGCAACUACUGAAAGAGACGGAGAAGUAUCUUCAAAAGCUGGGAUCCAAGCUACAGGAAGCAAAGUCUAUGGCAAGCAGAUUUGAGAAUGAUAUGGACGAGUCACGAACUGCUACUGUUGUUGAGAAGAAUGAAACAGCUGCUGAGAAUGAAGAUGAAAGCGACCAGGCCAAGCAUUACAUGGAAAGCAAUGAGAAGUACUAUUUGAUGGCUCAUAGUGUAAAAGAAAGCAUUGCAGAACAGCCAACUUGUCUCCAGGGCGGAAAAUUAAGGGAGUACCAAAUGAAUGGACUAAGGUGGUUGGUUUCAUUAUACAACAAUCAUUUGAAUGGCAUUCUUGCUGAUGAAAUGGGUCUUGGGAAAACUGUUCAGGUUAUUUCUCUAAUAUGCUACCUGAUGGAAACAAAAAAUGAUAGAGGGCCUUUCUUGGUGGUUGUACCUUCUUCAGUUUUACCUGGCUGGGAGACUGAAAUCAAUUUCUGGGCACCUGGAAUCCUUCGAAUUAUCUAUUCCGGGCCUCCAGAGGAGAGGCGCAGGCUAUUUAAGGAAAAGAUUGUGCAUCAGAAAUUCAAUGUCCUUUUGACGACUUAUGAAUAUCUGAUGAACAAGCAUGAUAGACCGAAACUGAGCAAGAUACAUUGGCACUAUAUAAUAAUUGAUGAAGGCCAUCGCAUAAAGAAUGCUUCUUGCAAAUUGAAUGCUGAAUUGAAGCAUUAUCAGAGCUCCCACAGGUUGUUGUUAACUGGAACACCACUACAGAACAAUCUUGAGGAAUUGUGGGCACUGCUCAACUUUUUGCUACCUAACAUAUUUAAUUCAUCAGAAGACUUUUCUCAGUGGUUCAACAAACCGUUUGAGAGUAAUGGUGAUAAUUCAGCCGAUGAAGCCUUACUUUCUGAGGAAGAAAAUUUGUUGAUUAUAAACCGUCUCCACCAAGUUCUUCGACCAUUUGUACUUCGGAGACUGAAACACAAGGUUGAGAAUGAGCUGCCCGAAAAGAUUGAGAGACUUGUUAGGUGUGAGGCUUCUGCAUAUCAGAAGCUUCUAAUGAAAAGGGUGGAAGACAAUCUUGGCUCAAUUGGAAAUCCAAAGGCUCGAUCAGUGCACAACUCAGUCAUGGAGCUUCGUAACAUAUGCAAUCACCCAUAUCUGAGCCAGCUUCAUGCAGAUGAGGUUGAUACUUUGAUACCUAAGCAUUUUCUGCCACCAAUUAUUAGACUUUGUGGAAAGCUUGAGAUGCUAGACCGAUUGCUACCCAAACUGAAAGCAACAGACCAUCGGGUUCUUUUCUUUUCCACAAUGACUAGGCUGCUUGAUGUCAUGGAGGAGUAUCUUACCUGGAAACAGUAUCGAUACCUUCGCUUGGAUGGUCAUACUUCUGGAGGUGACCGUGGUUCACUCAUUGACAGUUUUAACCAACAAGAUUCUCCAUAUUUUAUUUUCUUGCUGAGCAUUCGGGCUGGUGGUGUUGGAGUGAACCUUCAAGCUGCUGAUACUGUGAUCAUAUUUGACACUGAUUGGAAUCCUCAGGUUGAUCUCCAAGCACAAGCAAGGGCUCAUAGGAUUGGCCAGAAGAGGGAGGUGCUGGUUCUUCGAUUUGAAACAGUCCAAACUGUUGAAGAACAAGUCAGAGCUUCAGCUGAGCAUAAACUGGGAGUUGCUAAUCAGAGUAUUACUGCUGGUUUCUUUGACAACAAUACAAGUGCAGAAGAUAGAAGGGAAUACUUGGAGUCCCUCCUGCGAGAAUGCAAGAAAGAGGAGGCUGCCCCUGUAUUAGAUGAUGAUGCUCUAAAUGAUCUCUUAGCUCGCAGUGAAUCAGAGAUUGAUGUAUUUGAAUCAGUUGACAAACAAAGGCAGGCAAAAGAGAUGGCAACAUGGAAGAAUUUGUUAUUGGGACAAGGGAUGGAUGCUUUGGAACAUCAACCUCCUUUGCCUUCACGCCUUGUAACAGAUGAUGACCUGAAAGCAUUCUAUAAAGCAAUGAAUUUGUAUGAUGUGCCUAAGGCUGGGGUAGAAUCCAAUGCAGGAGUGAAGCGGAAGGGGCAGUCUCUCGGGGGCCUUGAUACUCAGCAUUAUGGAAGGGGAAAGCGAGCUAGAGAGGUACGCUCUUAUGAAGAGCAAUGGACAGAAGAGGAAUUUGAGAAGAUGUGUGAGGCUGAAUCUCCCGAUUCUCCCAUGAGGAAAGAAGAAACAGGAGAGAGGAACUUGCUGAAAGAUGCUAGUGGAUCUUUAUUGGCUAUUGGUAGCUCAGAACCUCAAGCUCCACCACAACUGCCCCGGCCACCACCAUCUGUGGAGCCUCCCCCCCCGCCGCCAUCUGUGGAGCCUCUCCCUCCGCCGCCAUCUGUGGAGCCUCUCCCUCCGCCGCCAUCUGCGGAGCCUCUCCCUCCGCCGCCAUCUGCGGAGCCUCUCCCUCCGCCGCCAUCUGCGGAGCCUCUCCCUCCGCCGCCAUCUGUGGGGCCUCUCUCUCUGCAGCAGAGCAAAGAGGUAACGCCAUCAAAACGGGGGCGUGGAAGGCCAAGAAGAGUAACUUUAGAUAAAGCUCCAGUUGCAAUGGCACUCUCAGUACCUCUUGGAACUGGCAAAGUCGAUACAGAGUUACAGAAAGGAAUGGAGUCUUGCUCCUCAAAAACCUCUGCUCCUGAUUCUUCUCCUGUUCCUAAUUUAGGAAGUAAUAGUAGAGGCACACCUCAUUCAGGAUCAGGGAUUUCGCCCUGUACACAACCAAUUACUCCAGUUUCUGUUACACUUGGCACACAAACUACACCUGCUUCCCUUUCCAUGCCAUUGCAAUCAAGAGGUCGAGGUCGGAAGGUUCAAGGUGGAGUUCAAACACCCCGGCGCAGAGGAAAGAAUCAGGUGGCAAUUUCAUCCACUCCUGCAAGUUCAGCUGUUCCUGAUCCAAAUAUAAAUGAUCAAUCAGUGAAUGUAUCUGUCAAUCCAUCAAUUAUUGCCAUGGGUGGAACUGUUUCUAGUGCUCCCAUGUCACAGCAUCCUAGUAAUUUACCUGGUUCUGCUGCUGCGGAGGGUACUAAUGCAACCACUCAUCAUUCUGGGCCUGGGACUACUUUGGAUUCUGAACCAAAACCUCCCAACCCUUCCAUCUCCCCUAUCAUUCAAUCCAUUGCUCCUAGUCCUUCAGUUCCUAUGCAAGUUAAAGGGCAAAACCAGAAGACUCAAAGUGGCACUGGAACACCUCGACGCAGAGGAAGGAAAGAGGUGCCAGUAUCACCUUCUGUUCCAGAUGUUUCAGAUGGUCAGCUUUCAAAAUCCAAUCCAACACUUUCACAGGAUAAAUCUGGGGAAUCAUCAGGAAGCAAAGCUAUUUUCACGAUGAGUAACCAACAAAAUGAUGCUCUGGAAAGGGAUGUUAACCAGGAGCAACUGUCCAGAGAAGCUGGCCAGGACCAAAAAGCAACUGAGCAUUCAGAUGAUGUAGCCCAGCAUAGGCAACCUGCCAGCUCUCCCACAACACAUGAUGGUAUUACCAGAUCUAUGGCUUGUGCAGGCUCUUCUGGACAAAUACGUGGUGCUGAUAUGCAAGAUGUAGUUUCUGUGACAAAGGAGGUUUCAGCAGAGAAUAGCUCUUUGAAAGCUAAAGUAGGUGAAGUUUCCAGGAAUGAAGGUGGAGCUAUCCUGUCUACACCUCUGCUAAGUAACCUCUUUCUAGAGGUGGUCCAUAAUCAAAGCUCAGAGGAUAAACCUUCCCCAGUAGUUUGUCCUCCAACAGAGUCAUUACUGGGUUCUGCCACUGUAGAAAGUGUUGGCAAAACUGUGCAUCAGCUUACUCCAAAGAUUGCUUCUUGCUCUCAGGAAAUUUCAUCUUAUCCUUCUGUUACUCCAAUCUUUCAAUCUAAUACUCCUGAAGCAAUGCAAGUUAAAAGGCAAGGUCGUAAAGCUCCUACCAGAGUGGAAACACCAAGGCGAAGAGGAAAGAAACAGGGUUCAGUUUCACUUGCUGUGGAUGCUUCAGUUGAUCAGGAUCCCAUUAUAAAUGCUCAAACGCAAAAUAAGUCUAGAGAUUCAUUAGGGGGGAUGGCCAUGUCCUUGAGGAGCGGGCAAGGGAAUGAUUUCAAGGAGUUGAAGAAUGUGGUUCAGGAAGCAUGUGUUCCCAGUGGUUUAGUUGGUCAAGAUCCAAAAAGGAAAGAAGCUAGUGGGAUUCCAGCUUUUGGCCAAAUUCAGACCUCUGAUGUAACUGAUGUUGCUCGUGUGAUGAAGGAGAUAUUUUCCGAGACUUGCUCUUCGAAAACUAAAAGUGGUGACUAUUCUGGAGUUGAAGUUAGAAGUGCCCCUGUAUCAAGUAAGAUGUCUGUGGAGGUGGCAAAAGACCGAAGCUCGGAUUGUAAAGCACUUUCAGCUGUGUCAGUUUUAGAAGCAGAAGCUCCAGUUAUGAGGAGUUCAAUUGAUGAUUCUAAACAGUCUGGGUCUGGAGAUGGUGUCAAAAUGGAAGGGGAUAAUGCUUCAGAAGCAGAAGCUCCAGUUAUGGGGAGUUCAAUUGAUGAUUCUAAACAGUCUGGGUCUGGAGAUGGUGUCAAAAUGGAAGGGGAUAAUGCUUCUGAUUUGGCCAAGGCUCAUAUUUCAGAAAUUGAUGUCUCUACUAUAGAAAACAAUACCAGCCAUGGCCCCAUUGAAAAAAUGACAGACACAAUACAGGCUUCAACCAAAAACCCAAUCACAGGGAGUUAUAUUAAGGUCAAUCAUUCAGUUUUUGAUGCUUGUGAAAUGGACAAUAUUCCUUCUCUGGGAUCUGCUCAUGAAGGUCUUCUCGGUGAUGGUGGCGAUCCUCCUAUGGUCACCCAAUCUGUUUCAGAUGUAAUGGAACAUCCUGGGAGUGACUCUGGAAACAGAACAGAGGCUUCAAAAGCAUCUCCUAGGUCUUCUCCAGAUGUUGUUAGGCUAGGCAACACUACACUUUCUGUGAAACCUGAUGGUAUUGAUUAUCAUUCCAAAGGGACAGUUACUCUUAUUGCAGAUCAUUCAGAUGCAAGAAAUAUCCAUAGUGUAGCUGAUGGUGUAUCUAUAAGUAGUAAUAAGCCUUCUCCAAAAGAGUCCCUAGAAUCUUCUCUUGAAACCAGAAACGUUGAAGCUCAAACUCAAACUCAAUCGGGGAUUGACAAAACCAAGGUCAAGGGUGAGGAGGUCUGCAAUAUGCAAAUUGACCCCCCUGUAUCAGAGGCCUCUUCACUUAAGUAUCUAUCUUCUUCCAAUGAGCAAGAGCUAAACAGUUCUGCAGCUGGAGCCAGUCAUGAAAAGGAUGUUUCUCAGUGUGGAGGGGUUAUGCCACAAGAUAUUUCAGAAAAUUCUCUUCCAGUGAGAGAAGAAGAAAAUGCUGAUGGCUCAUGUGAGAAUGGUCUCAUUGGAAGAUCAGCAGUAAUGGAGGAGCCACUCAAAUCUGAAGCAGGUAAUGAAGCAGAAGCCUCUCAGGUUGGUGCGGUUGUGCUAAAAGAUUUUUCAGAAAAUACUGAUGGCUCAUGUGAGAAUGGUCUCGUUGGAAGCUCAGCAGUAAUGGAGGAGCCACACAAAACUGAAGCAGGUAAUGAAGCAGAAGCCUCUCAGGUUGGUGCGGUUGUGCUAAAAGAUUUUUCAGAAAAUACCGAUGGCUCAUGUGAGAAUGGUCUCGUUGGAAGCUCAGCAGUAAUGGAGGAGCCACACAAAACUGAAGCAGGUAAUGAAGCAGAACAGGUUGGUGCGGUUGUGCUAAAAGAUUUUUCAGAAAAUACCGAUGGCUCAUGUGAGAAUGGUCUCGUUGGAAGCUCAGCAGUAAUGGAGGAGCCACACAAAACUGAAGCAGGUAAUGAAGCAGAAGCCUCUCAGGUUGGUGCGGUUGUGCUAAAAGAUUUUUCAGAAAAUACUGAUGGCUCAUGUGAGAAUGGUCUCGUUGGAAGCUCAGCAGUAAUGGAGGAGCCACACAAAACUGAAGCAGGUAAUGAAGCAGAAGCCUCUCAGGUUGGUGUGGUUGUGCCAAAAGAUUUUUCAGAAAACACGGUUCUACCCUCAUCUCCACUGGUAGGAGAGGAAGAGAAGGACAGUAGAUCAUUUGAUCAAGGUUUAGCUGGCAGCUCAAUAGAACCAGAAAUGUCAUCUGUGGCCCAACUGACCAGUAAAAAGGAUGUAUCCAAUGCUGAUGUCAUUGUUUCAGAAAUUACACCGGAACACACAGUUCUACCCCAAUCUUCCUUGGAAGCAGAAGAAAACUUCAAAGGCAGUUUGGAGAAUGAUUUAGCUUGCCAUCCAGUGGUGCCAGGGGAAGAAAAAGGAUCCGAAGCUGAAAUUGAUGAUCAGAUGGGCAUACUGAAGGUGUUUGAAAGUGCACCAGAAAUUUUGGAUCCCCAACCAUCUUCUCUGGUACUAGAGGAAGAAGAGCAGGUUAAGGGCUCAUCCGAGAAUGGUGCACCUUGUCACUCAGUAAUACUACAAAAAUCAGGAGGGUUAGAAGCUGAAGCAGGUGAGCAACUAGAUGCAUCUCAUGCCGAUACUUUAGUACCAGAAAAUGCAUCAGAGAACAUGGUUUCACCAAGAUCAUCCUUAGCUUCAGAGGCACCAAUGGUUGAGGGCUCGUUGGAGAAGGAUACAUUUGUCUCCUCAGUAGUAUUGGAGGCAUCUAAAGGCUCCGCAACUAACGAGGAUCAAGCAAUUCCGUCCCAAGUAGAUGGAAUUAUGCCUGAAACUAAUGUGGGCCUGCCCUCAUCUUUUAUAGGGAUGCAGGAAUCUGAGAUUAAGAGCUCAUCUGAGAACCACCCAGUUGACAGCUCAGUAGCUGAGAAAUUGAAAACAUCUGUGAUUGAAGAGGGAAGUCAAGGGAUAUUAUCUGAGGUGGGUGGAAUUGUGCCUGAAACUUCUUUGGUGAAUAGUGUUGUGCCAUCUUCCUCUGAAACAGCUGUAGAAAAUGUUAAUUGCUUGUCUGAGAAAAGCUCUCAUAGCAUCUUGCUUGCUCUAGAGGAACCAAAACAGUUUGAAACUGAAAAUAGCAACCAAAUUGUUGUAUGUGAGCCUAUGACUGGGCCUGAAGAUUCUUUGGAUAACAUGUGCCAGCCUUCAUGUUCUCUCUCAAUGGAUGCGGACAAGGUUGAGGGCUAUUCUGAGAAGAGUCCUUGUGGCAUUGCAGUACAAGUGAAGGGAUCAAAAGGGGCUGAAAUAGAAAAUGUUGAAUCCCAUGUUGCUAGCAUGGUAUAUGAAAGUCAAGUGGUUGGUACCGAGUCUGAACAUACCCAGGUUGGUAGCAUUGGACCAGAAGAUACAUUUGGAAACACAGACAAAUCCUCAUCUUCCUUAGGGAUGCAGGAAGAUACAAUUGGGGGCUCAUCUCAGAAUAUUCGAGGGGAAUCAAAUAGGUCGGAAGCUGAAACAGAUGAUCAAACUCAGUGUGGUGAGAUGGCUAUAACGAACAUGUCAGAAAACUCAGCGCAGCCUUCAUCUCCCCUCGUGGAGGAAAAGGCAGAUGUCUUAUCAGCAAAAGAUCCAAAAGUAUCCGAUGUUGGUGAGUAAGCCUGUCGUUGGGUUGAACUGUGCCAUGAAAGCACAGUGGGAAGAUUUGAGGGCUAAUUUGGCAAGGACCCAGCUGGGAGGUCAGUGGCACUGGAGGAACCACAAGGAUCUGUAGCUUUCCAGGUAUUUAUGAAGCAAUAUUGUUUUGUUGUACAGCUAUACCGUAAUAUCCUGAUAUAUAAUAUUUAAGCUUACUGUAUGAGGGCUGACAGUCUGAACUGACACACCUGAGAUAAUCAAGUAUUGUAUUGCCCUGUACAAGUAAUCUGAUUUAUGGUUGUCUCUAA